CUCCAGAAGGUCCUCCACUGAAUGUCAAAGUGACUGGAGAAAGCUCAUCAUCAUUGUUUGUUACAUGGGAACCUCCUGAAAAGAACAAAAGAAAUGGUAUUAUCGCCAGUUAUACUGUGUGUAUCUCACACGAAGAAAGUAAACCUUGUUUUAGGGAAUACACUACAAAGAAAAAGAUGAUAGUCAUCGACAAUUUGAUUGCCUCAACCAAAUAUUAUGUUCGUGUUCUUGCAAGUACUAAAGGUGGGCGUGGAAUCUACAGUGAAAGUGAAGGAAAAAUUGUCAAUGGAAGUAAGUGUCGCCUUGCAUCUAGACGUAAUGCGAUUUUUAUAAACAUGCAGCUUGUAGUUUAUCAUGUUUUAUCAAAUCUACAUAUUUUCAUAUAGAACAACCAGAGGUGUCCACAAGUGGAACAGUAUAUACACUGACUUUCUCCUUGCGAAUUCCAUCACGAAAUUUCACGUAAGUCGAUAAGGUUCGAAAACUCGCCAAACAGAAAUAUUGUAUCUUGCAAUAACGACCUGAACAGGACGUUAUAAAUCUGUUCUGUGAAUUUACCUUGUGCAUUUUAUCACAGACAAAUUUGUUUGUAGGCAUUUCUACGUCGUGGCUCUGAAAUUGAAAGACGGAAAAAAAGUUCAAUCCCCAGAUAGUUAUAAAAAUAAUGAUUUGGUGACGUACGCUGAGGCAGAAAAAUCAACCAACCCGAAACCUUAUAUCGCUGCAAUAGUAACAUUAAAGGAUGAAAACAAGUUUGUGCUUGGUGAUGGCAGAAAUACAAGUGAUCCAACAUCACGAAGACGUAUAUUAACCUCGAGUGAUUACUAUAAUGGUCCGCUGGAGCCUGACACUAGUUACAGUAUUUUUCAAAGGAUUGUGCUCAAUGACAAGGUAUGGUCGUACUUGCUGGUUAUCACACUUUAGAAAUUAAGUUUUCCUUGUCUAUAAGCCUGGUUUACGCUAUCAAAAUUUCUGUGAUCACAGUGGGAAGUUUGCAUGGGUGAAUUCUUUGUUUUGAAGGAUUUGUAAGAAAUUUUUGAGGGAACUGAUUUAGUGUUAAACACGUAUCUUUAAUUUUUCUGUGUUGGUGUAAUGUACUCAGGUGAAUAUAAUGUUUGUGAUGUUUCUCUGAGUGUAUAUUCACACCGGGCAAGCUUAAAAAAUAUGCCUGGCAACGCUGGGAAUCGAACCUCCGACCUCAGUAUUGAUAUUGAAGGAAUCGACCUGAACCGACCUGACUGCGUAGCUCAGUUUGCAGAGUAAUGGGCUAGUAUUCCAAAGGUUGUAGGUUCAAUCUCCACCGUGGCCAGGCAUAUAUUUCAAGCUUGCCCGGUGUGAAUAUACACUCAGAAUAACAUCACAAGCAUCAGGUAUCUUCAACUUUAAAAUAUACUACCACUUUCUUUACUACAGAAUCACUAUUACUCGACAGAUUGGAGUUCUGUUUCAAAAACGAGUGAAUAUUUAGGUAUGUUUAGCUCUCAAGAAAAUUCUAUACUGAUACUUGAGCUAGAUAUAUGAUGCUAUCAUAACGAAAUAUACUAUUCAUUUACAACAAUUGAAAUGUGAAUUUAUAAAGACAGUAUAUUAUUACAAAUUCUUAAAUCAUUUUGCAUAUUUUUGUUUCCCAGGUGUUCCGCAUGUAUUGACCAAGAUAUCCAGUGGUGACAUAAAGGCAAAGGAAGGUGACCUUGUCAACCUACUGUGUUCUGCUCAUGGUGAACCUCCAAUUACUUUCAGCUGGGAGAAAGACCAGAAGUUACUGAAAAGUUUUAUGGAAAAGGAGAAGCCUCAUCACAGUUCAUUACUUAUUGUAACAGUGGAAAACCAAACAAGUUUUGGAAAAUAUAUCUGUCAUAUCCGAGAUCGAUUUCAAAGCACUACUCAUACAAUUUCGAUCCAAAAAGAUACAG